GGGACCAGGUAGAGCUGCCCUGCGGCGGCGCCAAGCGGCUCCCGGAAUGGGGUGCUGCCGUCUCUGCUUGUUCGAUGUCCUCCGGGGCCCCCGGCGGCUGAUGCGCGUGGGCCUCGCGCUGAUUCUGGUGGGACACUUGAACCUGCUCCUGGGGGCUGUGCUGCAUGGUACCGUCCUGCGGCAUGUGGCCAAUCCCCGCGGCGCCGUCACACCGGAGUACACCACCGCCAACAUCAUCUCCGUGGGCUCUGGGCUUCUGAGCGUUUCUGUGGGACUUGUGGCCCUGUUGGCAUCCAGGAACCUAUUUCGCCCACCACUGCACUGGGUCCUGCUGGCACUGGCCGUGGCAAACCUGCUUGUGUCUGCUGCCUGCUCCGUGGGCCUCCUCCUAGCAGUGUCACUCACCGUGGCUAACGGUGGCCGCCGUCUUAUUGCUGAUUGCCAUCCAGGACUGCUGGAUCCUUCCAUACCUCUGGACCAGGGGUCUGGCUACACCGACUGCCCAUUUGAUCCCACGAGAAUCUUUGACACGGCCUUGGCUCUCUGGAUCCCUUCUCUGCUCAUGUCUGCAGCUGAGGCUGCACUAUCUGGUUAUUGCUGUGUGGCUGCGCUCACCCUACGGGGAGUUGGGCCCUGCAAGAAGGAAGACUUUCAGGCACGGCUAGAGGAACUCACAGAGCUUGAACCUCCUAAAUGUAAAUGGCAGGAAAAUGUGAAGCUUUUGAAAGAACAUCAUGAACCGCGAGCAUCACAGAAAACCUGGGUUUAGGACAGAGUUUUGCUGAAUCAAGUUGCCUAGGCUGGACUCCAAUUUGUGGAUCCUCCUGCCUCAGCCUCAGAGAAUACUGCAAUUACAGACGUGUGCCACCUUGCCUGGUUUAUGGCACGGUGUUUUCUGCUGCUUCCCCCGACUCAGAUUGGUUCUUGUUUUGUCAGCAAGGGCUAUCAGCCCACAAGUGCUUUUCCACUAAGCCAGGGGCCCUGAUUCCAGAAGGACAUAAAUUAAUGUAAUAAAAAUUUUUUUUUUCUUUUA